AUGUCAAAGGAUAAUAAGCAAUUAAACUAUCGGAGAAUUGAGAUUGGCGAGGACAUUGUGCUUCCUGGAAUACCUCGCCGCCCAAUAAUAGACAAAAUCAGAGAUACAUUGAGACUAAUUGAAAACUCCCUCUUGAACGAUGACAUUUUUGGGAUUCAGUUGGAACUUCAAAAGCCGCCAGGCGCUUCUUUCCCUGGUAAAGAUAUGCUUGAUGCUAGAAGGUUUCUAAUGGUUGUAAAAGUCUUGAAAAUUGUGUAUUUCAACUUGACAUCUCACCAAACUAUUACCAAACGAGAUUUGUAUUACCAAGAUGUUGACUUGUUUGAGAGAAAGCAACGUAAUAGUGAUACUUUUAUAGAUAUAUUAUCCUACAGCCUUAAUACGCCCUCACAUAAGCUAGGCAUUAUUGCUGCCCAAAAAGGACUUGUUUUUGGUGAGAUUACAAUACUAUACGAUGAUGAUAAAGAAAUCAUCAUUGAAAGAUCUAAAGGGGCUACAUUAAUCCCACCAAUGAUUGGUUUUUUUUCUUUAAAAGUGGGAUACAAUGUGAAAUAUAUAUUAAUUGUUGAGAAGGAGGCAAUUUUUCAAAGACUUUGCUCAAGGAUGGGCCCAGAAUGUUUGUUAAUUACCGGCAAGGGAUAUCCUGAUCGUCUUACUGUCUCAUUUACAAAUAAACUUGGACGGUUUACGUCAUUGCCAGUAUUUGGAAUCGCAGAUAGUGAUCCAUAUGGUAUUAAUAUCCUUCUCCAGUAUAAAUUUGGCCAUCAAAAUUUAUACGAACAAGUAACACAGGUAUCGUUAUUGCCAAAAUUAGAAGAUACUCCAACCCGUAAUCAUUUUACAGCUAAAAACCGCGUGGAUCAUUGUGUUAAUUUACAGUAUCUUGGCGUUUUCAUUUGUGAGUAUACUCGGGGGUGGUUAGAUCUAAGCUCCAGAGACUUUGUGCUUGCAAGAAAUUUGUUACAAAGGAUAGCCGAGGAUGUGUAUCUAGUUGAAGUGAUAGACACUGUGAAUGAGUAUUCUCAAGAAUUAGAUCGUGAUUUAUCUUUCAGUUCACUGAACUCAAGUUCUAUAGGUCUUUCCCAAGCUUCAAUAACUUCUACUUUUACAGAACUAUCAGAAAUUUCACCGUAUCCUAAUAAUAGAGUUCAGUUGGCAGGUUUUCUGGAUUCCGGCAGUAGUGUGACGAAUACAAUGCAAGAAUUGGCAGAUAAACAUACCGGAUCUUUCAAGAGAGAAUUACAGAGGCAAAUGUUCUUUAAAAAGAAAUGUGAGAUGAAUGUUGUUGGGGAUCAAGAAACGCUAUCAGAUGUGCUAUACCAUGAAAAUAUUCCUAAUAGGGGUGAAAGAAAUGGGAUAUGCGAUUAUGUGAAACAAAAGCUAAUGUCAGCGGGUUAUUAA